GGUCGCCGGACUCUCAGCUCUCUGCUCUUAAGCUUCCUGCCCCCCCGGUCCAUGGUAUGUCUUAGAAACCGGUUUGUGUCUUGCUGGGCCAUACCCGAGAGGCAUGUCUCUUGCUCUCCCGGCACACCUGUUUCUGCUCGGCCUGGCGUGGACGACUUACCUGUCUUGUUGCCCUCGCUUAGCUGCAUGUCUCUACCAUUGUAAGUCGUUCACGGGCUGGACUUUGCAGCGAGAAAGCAUCAUUUCGUGCCUGGGCUACGCUCACCCCUGCGCAUUGGUGUUGUUUCUGUCCUCCCCGGACCCUCUUUGCGUUGUUGUUGGUGAUUGCCAUUGAUGCUCCACUGCCGCUGCCUUCUUUGCUUUAGCGCUUGAACUGUCUGAACAUGCUCUCGAUGACGCAUGCUCUUUCGGUCUACACGCUUGUUCCGGUGUCACUCCAUCGUGGCGACGUUGAGGAGCUUGUGUUCGUUGGACUGGGCAGGCACCAUGGUUUGUACCACUGAUCGGCUGUCAGGCCGUUAUGACGGAUCGAAGGUGGCAAACGUCACUAUGGUCGCUAGUCUUGAAGACUACUAUGAGUAUUGUCUCAGAGAGAUGCCGCAUGGAAUUUCCUCGACGCACAUUAACCGCGGUCUCAUAGACGGCCCAGGUGGUAGCAUCUCUUGACGAUUUGUGCGAUUGCUGUGUUUUUGGCCGCCUUACCGCAUCUUGAUAUACAAAAUAUGAACUCUAGCCUCCUGGGCUGUAAAUCGCCAUGAGGCCGUGUAUCGCGACGGUUUUACUCGGAUGGUAUCUGAUCAGGAUCACAGAGGCCGUCUCGGUCCAGGAGAACUAUACGAUAUGUAACUGGGCCCGUCUGCGGGCGGCUGUGGUACGAGAUGCGCUCUAUCUUGACGGAGGUCUGCUAUGGUGGCAGACGGCGUUCGCUGAUGGGACUGCGCCGGUGGUGAGUAGCGACGGAAAUGUAGCUGGGGAUAUGUUCCGUCUGAACUUGUCGAUACCGUUUGAUACGAAAACAACCAACAUAUCGGCGCGGUUUGACCGGAUGUCGAAGGCAGGCGGCGCCGGAAACAAUAUUGCUCCCAACUAUGUGGACGGGACGAUGUUCACCAACGAUGGGGAAUUAUAUCUCUACGGUGGUCUCCCCCGCCUUACAGACGCUGCCUCUGCGCAAAGCGCGGAUGCUGUCCUAGGCUAUGAAGCGUACCAAUAUGGGCCUGACCGCCAGAGCUGGAGCCCGGGGUUUUAUCAAGGCAGUCUCCCUGAUGGGGUAACAAGAUACAUUACAAAUGGAGCGGGUGUCUCAGCACCAAGUGAGAAUCUGGGCUUCUAUUUCAGUGGCAUGCGAUCACCCACCUGGGGCCCGAUCUACUACGACGACUCUUCGGCCAACGAGACUGCCAACACUCUUAUUCAGGUCGAUAUGUCAACCAUGAGGGGCGAAAAGUGGACAAACACCACUCUUCCAGACAAUAUACCACCCCGCGCCAAUGCCGAACUUGUCUGGAUUCCCGUCUCCAAGCAAGGAGUCUUAGUGGCAAUAGGAGGAGUUGCCGCGCCAGAAGAGAUCUGGGCGACAGGUCUGAACGCUACGCAGACGUCCGAAAGCAAGUUGGAAAGCCCCGGCUUCAUGACCACCUUGCCUGUCUACGAUAUUGCUUCGCAAACUUGGUAUCUCCAGAACACCACCGGUGAAUCUCCUGGACAGCUUACUGAAUUUUGCUCUGUUGUUGCCCCUUCGAAAGAUUCGUCAUCUUUCAAUGUUUACGUUUAUGGAGGCUACGAUGGACUCAAUGCUGAAGACCUGCCAUCCGAUGACGUGUGGAUCCUGUCAAUACCUGCCUUCACAUGGGUCAAAGCGUACACCGGACAUCAGUCGCACGGCCGCUCCGGCCAUCGUUGUGUCAUGCCUUAUCCCGAUCAGAUGUUUGUCAUUGGAGGCAUCCAUCAGAACCAAGCUAUGUGUGUCGAAGGAGGCAUCAUCCAGGUGUUCAACCUGAACACCCUGCAAUUCCAGGAUACGUACGAUCCGAACAACUGGUCUAACUAUGAAGUUCCAGCCAUUGUGACCAGGGCCAUCGGUGGGAAUGCCCAGGGGAGCUCUGCGCAAACUGCGUCUUGGUCCGAUCAUGCUCUUGCCGGCAUUUUCUCCCAGAAGUAUUCCCGACAAAUUGCACAAUACUAUCCUUACAAGUCAGACGGCGACAGCUCCAAGAAGGGCGGUUCGGGAGUGAGCAAAGGCGCCAUAAUCGGCAUCAGCGUUGCAGCCGCCCUGAUAUUCUUGCUGACUCUCGUUCUGCUGUUCUUGCUCAUCCGGCGCCGUCGCAUCAUCCGCAGUGGUGGUUCUGAGAAAUCGGCCAGUUCCAGCAACAGCCGCGUCUCGCGCUGGCUGAACGGCGCCUCUUGUGCAAACGCACACGAUGCAGGUUCCAAGCACGAUUCGUCAGUCUCGCCACCGGAAGUCCAACAGGUCUCCUACAAUGCAGUCGAUCAUCAGCCCACACCGCCCUUGCAACCGCAGCGGCACGAGAUGGCAUCCACGGAGCGCCCCAAACCGCCCUUUGAGCUGGCUACGCCGUACAACAAGGACGACCACCCGCGCCAUUCUGGCGUGGUCGACUAUGCAUACAACCCAAACUACGGCCACACUUACUCGAACACCAACACCAACACGAAUUCGAACUCGAACUCAAAUUCCAACUCGUCUGGGCCGUACCAGCCUUCACCCCUCGCCAGCCUCAACGAAGUCCCCAAUGCAGCCGGGGCUUCUCCGCUGCGCACUGUCCGCUAUCCACCGCCGGCACACGGCGUGCCUGACGACGACCUUUCCAGCUACAGUCACCAUUCGUCCACCGGGACCCACGAGACUCCGCCCUGGCCAUUGCCAGCAUCCCAAAACACGUGGCGUCACAACGACCAUCAAAACGCCGGUCGCAAUUAUAGGCAUGACAGGGCCAAUGGAAGCGACACCAGCUCCGUACAGCCUAUCAUUCAGGAGCUUGAAGGCAGCAGACAGCUCGACCCCGGCGCGCCUAGGGGCGAUGACGGCGGUGGCUCCGGUAAUCCCUAUCACCACCGCAACGAAUCGGCGAGUAGUGGAGUUGGGACACUGCCUUCCCCUAGCAAUGCCCGCCACGAGGGCGGUUCGACGCUACUGGAUGAAGAGCAAAGACGAAGCCUGUUCGACACGAUCAGUCCCGUCAGUCCGACGAUGGGUCGGCACCGGCGAUUCUAGCGUGUACAACGCAGUUCCGCCCCCCAAAGCUUUCGGCGAACACAAAGGUUCACGUUCAGCUGUGUUUAUUCCCCCGGGCGACGCUUUUAUUGACGCUUUUAUUACAUUUCUUGAAGAACGACGAACACAAGCCCAAUAUACGACGAGUAUGACAUGUCCAGUUAUUAUGAUUUUUUCUCGCUAAGCGUGUUGGACGAGCGGUCGCUUUUUAUCUAGAUAUAUGAUAUCGCUCACGACGUAUCUAUUAUACCACAAUAACGAUCAUGUCGUCAUUUUCUCC